AUAUAAAGAGAAAGUCCAAUAAGGUGAAGAAUCAUGGCAAGGUCAUUGGUGGGGUCCGCAUCACUUGCCCCUCCAAUCCUUUCUCGCCCAUACAACAAUGCACUAAUUAAAUCCCUCCACUUGUCCUCUUCUUCUUCUUCUUCUUCCACUUUCUCCGCCGUCCACGUCAGCUCCUCCGCCGCACCAAUGGCCAGCCACCACCCUCAUCCCUCCUUCGAAAUUGUCGGUGGGGCACAUGACCGUUUCCUCCCCGCUCUCACAUACUUGGCUCGUCCCUACCACCCUUUCCCUCUCCUUGGUUGGAACCGCCACGUGGAAACCAUAUUCGCUUCUUUUUUCCGAUCAGUCCCCGACGUCAGGCUCCGCCGUGAGUGCCUCAGGACCCAAGACGGCGGAGUCGUCGCCCUCGACUGGACUUCCGGCGACGAUAGACUUUUACCGGCCGAUUCUCCACUCCUCAUUUUGCUGCCAGGUUUAACUGGAGGUAGUGGGGAUGCUUAUGUGAGACACAUGUUAGUUAGAGCUCGAAGUAAAGGAUUUCGUGUUGUGGUUUUCAAUAGCCGUGGUUGUGGUGAUAGCCCUGUUACUACCCCUCAGUUCUAUUCAGCUUCGUUUUUAGGAGAUAUGCGUGAGGUUGUUUCCCAUGUCAGCGCUAGAUACCCCAAUGCUAAUUUAUAUGCUGUUGGUUGGUCACUUGGGGCAAACAUUCUUGUUCGUUACUUGGGUCUGGAAUCCCACCAUUGUCCUCUUUCUGGGGCUGUAUCAUUGUGUAAUCCUUUCAAUUUGGUUGUGGCAGAUGAGGACUUCCGAAAGGGUUUUAACAUAAUUUAUGACAAGGCUCUUGCGAAUAGCCUUUCCAAGAUUUUCAACAAGCAUAAUUUACUCUUUGAAGAUAUUGAUGGUGAAUAUAACAUUCCAAUGGCAGCCAACCCCAAGUCUGUUAGGGACUUUGACAAUGCACUAACCCGUGUUUCUUUUGGAUUCAAGUCUGUGGAUGAAUACUACUUUAAUUCAAGCAGUUCAGAUUCCAUAAAACAUGUUCAAACCCCUUUGCUUUGUAUCCAGGCAGCCAAUGAUCCGAUUGCUCCUUAUAGGGGAAUUCCUUUUGAACAUAUCACGCAAAAUCCAAACUGCUUGUUAAUAGUGACACCCAAAGGUGGCCACUUGGGUUGGGUUGCUGGUGAUGAAGCACCACUUGGAGCCCCUUGGACUGAUCCUUUGGUAAUAGAUUUUAUUCAAUAUUUAGAGAGGGAAGCAGUUAAGGCCCCCGAAACCUCUACUAAUCCAGCAGGUAAAGAGUCCUUGUACCAUCUUGAAGUGUAAUUUGGCAAUCUCCUACAUAUUCUUUAGCACAUUCGUAGUCCCCAGAAUGAUAAUGUAUCAGCUAGUGCAUUCUUGUUUGUACGUUUUACGUGGAGUCCAGCAGAUAAUGGAUCGCACAACUCAGAGGUCGAUAUCAAUAAUGAUCAAAUAUUUCAUUCACAUACUUGUCAAUGGAUCAUGGAUGC